CCUCACCUCUUCCCUCCCCACCGCCCCUCGGCUCGGCUUCCUCCCUAUCCCCUUGACUCUCCCCUCUCAGCCCUUGCGCUCUCGCUCGCCCUCAGCGCGUUCCCCGCCAUGACGGAGGCGGGUGCCGGUGCCGUUGCCGCCGCCGCCGCCGUCGCAGGGGGGGAGUCGGGUUCCCAGAAAGUAGCUUGAUGAGUGUCCAAAGUAGCAGUGGAAGUUUGGAGGGGCCGCCAUCUUGGUCCCAGCUCUCCACGUCUCCAACCCCAGGCUCGGCGGCGGCGGCCAGGUCUCUGCUGAAUCACACGCCGCCAUCCGGGAGGCCCAGGGAAGAAACUUUGUAUCCUUUGACCAACACUUCCCCAUCCUCUCUCCCCUGCCACCUCUGGUGCGAUGGAUGAGCUUCAUAGUCUGGAUCCAAGAAGGCAAGAGUUAUUGGAAGCUAGAUUUACUGGAGUUGCAAGUGGGAGCACUGGAAGCACUGGUAGUUGCAGUGUUGGAGCUAAAGCCUCAACAAAUAAUGAAAGCUCUAAUCACAGUUUUGGAAGCUUGGGAUCUUUAAGUGACAAAGAAUCAGAGACACCAGAGAAGAAACAAUCAGAAUCAUCCAGGGGAAGAAAGAGAAAAGCAGAAAACCAGAAUGAAAGUAGUCAGGGAAAAAGUAUUGGGGGACGUGGACACAAAAUUAGCGACUAUUUUGAAUACCAAGGUGGAAAUGGCUCAAGUCCAGUAAGAGGCAUACCUCCUGCAAUCCGUUCUCCUCAAAAUUCACAUUCACAUUCCACUCCUUCCUCAUCUGUUCGACCGAGUAGCCCUUCCCCUACUGCAUUAGCUUUUGGGGACCACCCUGUUUUACAACCAAAGCAGCUAUCUUUUAAAAUUACUCAGACUGAUCUCACAAUGUUGAAAUUAGCAGCAUUAGAAAGUAAUAAAAACCAGGACCUGGAAAAAAAGGAAGGUCGUAUAGAUGAUUUGCUCAGGGCUAACUGUGAUCUCAGACGGCAAAUAGAUGAUCAACAAAAAUUACUUGAAAAAUACAAAGAGAGAUUAAAUAAGUGCAUAUCAAUGAGCAAGAAACUUCUUAUUGAAAAGAGCACACAAGAAAAACUAUCAAGCAGAGAGAAGAGUAUGCAAGAUAGAUUACGCCUUGGGCACUUUACAACAGUUAGACAUGGUGCAUCCUUUACUGAACAAUGGACAGAUGGUUUUGCAUUUCAGAAUCUUGUGAAGCAACAAGAAUGGGUGAAUCAGCAAAGGGAAGAUAUUGAAAGGCAAAGAAAACUUUUAGCCAAACGCAAACCUCCCGCAGCUAAUAAUUCUCAGGCACCUUCUACCAAUUCUGAACCAAAACAAAGAAAAAACAAAGCAGUCAAUGGAGCAGAAAAUGAUCCCUUUGUUAGACCAAAUUUACCACAACUGUUGACUUUGGCAGAAUAUCAUGAACAGGAAGAAAUUUUCAAACUUAGACUAGGACAUCUCAAGAAGGAAGAGGCAGAAAUCCAGGCAGAACUUGAACGUUUGGAAAGAGUCAGAAAUCUUCACAUACGGGAACUCAAAAGAAUAAACAAUGAAGAUAAUUCACAGUUCAAAGAUCAUCCAACGUUAAAUGAAAGAUAUUUAUUACUUCAUCUGCUUGGAAGAGGUGGCUUUAGUGAAGUGUAUAAGGCUUUUGAUCUAUAUGAACAAAGAUAUGCUGCUGUGAAGAUCCAUCAACUUAAUAAAAGCUGGAGAGAUGAGAAAAAAGAAAACUACCACAAACAUGCCUGCAGAGAGUAUAGAAUACACAAAGAACUGGAUCACCCCAGAAUAGUUAAACUGUAUGACUAUUUUUCCUUGGAUACAGAUACGUUUUGUACAGUGUUAGAAUACUGUGAAGGCAAUGACUUGGAUUUCUAUCUGAAGCAACAUAAAUUAAUGUCAGAGAAAGAAGCUAGGUCUAUUGUAAUGCAGAUUGUAAAUGCACUAAGAUAUCUCAAUGAGAUCAAACCUCCUAUUAUACAUUAUGAUCUUAAGCCAGGCAAUAUCCUUCUGGUAGAUGGGACAGCAUGUGGAGAAAUCAAAAUUACUGAUUUUGGUUUGUCCAAAAUUAUGGAUGAUGACAGCUAUGGUGUAGAUGGAAUGGAUCUAACCUCCCAAGGAGCAGGCACUUACUGGUAUUUACCUCCUGAAUGUUUUGUAGUUGGAAAAGAGCCACCAAAGAUUUCCAACAAGGUUGACGUGUGGUCAGUUGGUGUCAUCUUCUUUCAGUGUCUCUAUGGUAGAAAACCAUUUGGUCACAAUCAAUCUCAACAAGACAUUCUUCAAGAAAAUACAAUAUUAAAAGCCACAGAAGUCCAGUUCCCUGUAAAACCAGUUGUAAGCAGUGAAGCCAAGGCCUUUAUAAGACGCUGUUUGGCAUACCGAAAAGAAGAUCGAUUUGAUGUGCACCAGCUGGCAAACGAUCCAUACCUUCUCCCACACAUGAGAAGAUCGAAUUCUUCAGGAAACUUACACAUGGCUGGACUGACGGCAUCUCCCACACCCCCUUCUUCAAGCAUAAUCACUUACUGACUCUCCUCCAGGAUCGGCAUGAUACCUUUGAAUUGCUUCCAGAUGCACACUUGAGUUUUGAGAGCAUUUGAGUGUUUUUUGUUUUCUUUUUUACACAGGACAUGGUUAAGGAUUGUUUGUGAACUGAAAUUCUUCAUAUCGUUGUUUGUAUGAGAGUGGAUCGUGGACAGUGAAUAAAUGUACACUUCUCACGUUCACCUGGAGCAGUGCAGGGUGGCUGCCUGCUGCAGAGACAGGAAUACCAUGUGGAGAUAGAAGACAAAUGGGAUUGUUUGUUUAUUUGGGGGAACACUGUACAUAACGUUUAUAAUACUUAAAUAUAUUUGAUUGUUACUAGAGAGUUCUAAUAUGAAGGGUAGUUUUUCAUUAUUUAAAAACACAUGGAAAAAAAUAUGAGACAUUUCUAACACAAGAACUACAGUGCCUGGAUACAUUCUUCAGCCUUCGGCAGUUAAUCUGCUGAAACCAAAGUAAGAACUGAAUGACAGUGGCCGUAGUGUUUUAUAAUAAUAGAAUGUGAGAGUUAGAAUCUUUGGACAGAGUUAGACUUUGUCAUUUGCCUAUUCUGGCUUUUACCAAGUUGUACCUUGAGAUCAUGUGUCCGUUUUUCUUUCCACUGGUUAUAUUAAAGGGAGAGCUUUUAUUCCUAGAUACUUUACACCUUUGACAGAAAAAGCUGUUUGUUUUGGAAUCAGUUGAAUUCACUAAAUUGUAAUAUCUCCAGUGCUUUCACCUUGUUAGAGUUAUUAACAGGUAUUUUUCUUUUGUUACCAGGCCUUGCUCAUUGAAACGAGAGAGUAUGUAACCAAAUGCAGACCAGUUCUAUGCAGGAUAAUGAUAAAUUCCCUUCUAGCUCUAUUGUAAAUUGUUGUACAGAUGUCCUAUUUCAAUUACUAAAUUUCAGCAGCUUAUUCUUGUACAAAUGUUUUAAAAUAUGGCUUUUCUAAUUGGAUAUUGUAUUUUUUUUAAGUCUCCUUGAAGGCGCUUUAAUUGCUGCUAAAUGACAUUGCUUCUUUUGCUAAAAAAUUAAAUGACCUUUGAAGAUGCAAGUUGACUGUACAUCAUAGAGAAAUAUUAAAAGAGAUAUUGGGCAUUCACUAACAAUCAAGGCAUUUAAAAAUGAUCCAUGUUGGCCAUGUUGAGUUCCUUAAGUCAGUUUCCUGGGUUCUAGGGCUGUGGAGCACAUAGAUACUAGAUUUAUAAACUGUUCAUGGUUUUUUGACAUUUCUAGAAAGGUUCUUAUCAUCAAGGUGGGAUGACAGUCCCAUAAACAAGUUUCUUGUGGUUUGUACAGAUUUGUUAAAAUGUGAAUACUUCCUAACUGCCUUGUAUGGUAGAAACCAAUAUUUUUCAAGAUGCUGUGUUUCACUCCUAUAAGGAUUUUUUCUUUAUUGUCACAUUCAUAAUGCUCAUACUUACAUGUAAGUUGUCCAUGUUGAAGAAAACAGAAGCUAUACCUACCACAGAAUCCCCUUAAUAUUGUACAGUUAAACUGUGGCUCUUAUUUCUGAUGUUGAAAGCCAUUUUGUUUUUUCAUUGUACAUAGACACAUUGUCUCUUUAAGAUGCUGCUGAAAUUGUAGAGAAUGUAGCCAAAACAGUAAUAAACAAUGACAGUUAAAAUGUAAA